AUGGAGAUGGCCCUGCCUCCCCCCAGCCCCUCCGGCCUCUUGGCCUAUGUGGUGGUGUCUCAGGUGCUGGGCCUGUCGCUGUUGGCAACCACCGGCGCCUGGCUGGGCCGCUACCGGGGUGGUGUGGCCUGGCACAGCCCCUUCCAGUUCAACGCCCACCCUCUCUGCAUGGUGCUGGGCAUGGUUUUCCUCCAAGCUGACGCUCUCCUGGUUUAUCGGGUGUUGAGGCAGGAAGCCAAGCGCUCCACCAAGGCUCUGCACGCCCUACUGCAUGGACUGGCCCUGCUCUUCGCUCUCGUAGGCAUCAUCGCUGUGUUUGAGUCACACCGGGCCAAGGGCAUCCCCGACAUGUACAGCCUGCACAGCUGGUGUGGGAUGACUGCCUUCCUGCUCUACCUGCUGCAGUGGCUCCUUGGCUGUGAUUUCUUCUUGUUCCCUGGCGCUUCUUUCUCUCUACGUGGCCAUUGCAAACCCCUGCACAUCUUCUUUGGCAUCACCCUCUUUGCCCUCUCCAUUGGCACCUGCUUGCUGGGCAUCACUGAGAUGCUUCUCUUCAACAUCAGUGACUCCUACAGCCAUUUUGUGCCCGAGGGGGUCCUAGCCAACACCUUGGGGGUGCUGCUGGUGGCUUUUGGGCUGGUGGUGGGCUAUGUACUGACACGGGACGACUGGAAGCGCCCGCAGCUAGCUGAGGAGAUGGCUCUGUCCAUGGACUUCAAGACCCUGACAGAGGGAGACAGCCCUCUGAGCAGCAGCCACUGA